AUGCACAACACAUUCCGUUUCGGCAAAGCGACGCACCUGCGGAAUUUCCUGCAUCAGAUAGGUCCCACGAAUCUCGCUCACAUCCGGGAACUCCAGCUCUGGAUAUCCCCCGAAGCGGCCAUCGGACCGUGGUCACGCGCGCUCCUCACUUUAUCCCAACAGACACAUAGUCUGAAGAUCUUGCAGCUCGAAUGGGAUGAAUCCGGGUUCGGCGCAAAGCGCAAGAAUUUCGAUUUCAUGACCGCGCUGAUCAAGAUUAGAGGGUUGGAGAAACUGGUGUUUUUGGAAAGUGAAUCGUCGGGGGAUGAGAGGAAGAAUUAUUGGGUGCCGUAUUUGGAGAGGAAGAUGCGGAUUGCCGUGGAGGGAGGGAUGGCGGAGAAGGUGGUCGAGGGAGCGGUGCGUGCGGAUGCGGAGGAGGUGAUGGCGUUGGAGGAGGAGAUAGAACGGUGGGUGGAGGAGAGGGGCAUGAGGAAGAUGGAUGAUGUUAUGCCGGGUUGA